GCAGACAGCAUCCGUGCUUGAAGAGAGCAGUAGACUCCCGACGGCGGCGUCCGAUUUGACGUCGAACAUAACCAGUUGUUGUUUAUUCGACCAAUAUAUCGUCGACGAUUCGAAACGCCAUGGCUAAGACCGUAUUCGUCACCGGAGGCGCCGGCUUCAUCGGCAGCCACACCGUGAUUGAGCUCCUCAACGCCGACUACGAUGUGGUCGUCGUGGACAACUUUGCUAACUGUGUCGAGUCGAAGGGACGGAUGGCCGAAUCUCUGAUCCGCGCGCAGCAGAUCGCUGGAAAGGAGAUCCAUUUCUACGCAUGCGAUCUGCUCGAUAAAAACGCACUCAGCGAAGUCUUCAAGAAGCAUAAAAUCGAUUUUGUAAUCCACUUUGCCGCCAUGAAAGCUGUGGGCGAAUCGAUGCAGAAACCCCUGUUCUACUACAAGAACAACAUCGUCUCUACGAUCAAUGUUUUGGAGGUCAUGAAGGAGAACGGAGUCUACAACAUCGUGUUCAGUAGCUCGUGCGUUGUUUACGGGGACCCACAAUACCUGCCGAUUGACGAGAAGCAUCCAGUCGGAAAUGUGGCGAACGUCUACGGCAGAACCAAAUACGCCAUCGAGAAAAUGCUCGAAGAUAUUUCCCGAGCCGAAAAGCAAUGGAAUAUCAUCUGCCUGCGGUACUUCAACCCUCUCGGAGCUCACUCGUCGGGACGGAUCGGCGAGGAUCCAGUCAGAGCGUUCACGAAUCUAAUGCCGAUCAUCGGCGAAGUGGCCAUGGGUAAACGUGAGCAGCUCGACAUCUACGGCGGCGACUACAACACCGACGAUGGGACUGGUAUACGCGACUUCAUUCACGUUAUGGAUCUCGCUUCCGGUCACGUUGCGGCUCUGAAGUCCCUCGACAAGGCAGUUCGCUUCAAAUGCUACAACUUGGGCACCGGUCGAGGAACGUCGAUUCUGCAGCUAAUCAAGGCCUUUGAAGAAGUCACCAAGAGACCGAUACCCUACAAAAUUCACGAGCGUCGUCUGGGCGACAUCCCGGCAAUUUGGGGAGAUUGCAGUCUAGCUCUGAAGGAACUCAACUGGACGGCGAAACACACUCUCAAUGACAUGUGCUUAGAUUUUUGGAGAUGGCUCUCGGCGAAUCCGGAGGGUUAUCCCAAAACUUCGAGGAUAAUUUCUGCUUGA